CAAGUGCUUCAAGCGACCUAAAGCCUAACAAGACGUGACAAUCCCUUGGAGCCUGAGGGUCUUCUCACUGUAACCUUAAAUGUUUAACCACACGGCAGGUGACUGCAAUACACUCCAUGCCCGCCAAAACACACCAAGCGAGUACUGCUUUGUAUGCACACCAUACCAUCAGAGCAAUAUGAGCAAAUGCAACGUGGCAUCUACCUCAGCGGCAUCAGCAACAACAGCAAUUCAAUCCGCCGAAAAACCACGCAAGGUCCAUUUCCGUGCCUUUCGAAAAGGUACCACCGAAGAGCUCUUGCUCAUCAGGGCCAUCGCUGUCCAUCGCCCCUUCGCCGCAAAAUACGGUGACAAACUUCCGGCUUGGGAGCGCGUCGUGGCAUGGCUCAAGGAGCACGACCAACAACGACAACAGGAGCAACCACUUCAAAAUCUGAUCUUCACCAAUGUUACCGCUCGCUGCUGCCAGUCACGUUGGGAAACGAUCAGAGCUGCAUAUGCUAAGACCCUCGAAGAAAACGCUGACCACGCACUAGAGCCCACACCUCCAACUCCGAGCGAAGAGGAACACCAGCAAGGAACACAUGGAUCGCGUUUCAGGCCGAUUAGGCCAGCACCGACCCGCACCGAAUUAGAGCGGGCAGAGCGUGAGAGACUGGUUAAGGAUCUAUAUGAGAGAGAGCGGCGCGUGCAGGAAAAGCGGGCACGACGAUACUAUGACGACUCGGACAAUUCAGAGAGCUCUCCCAUUCGGCGACGCCGGCGGGCAAAAAGGACGGCGACGGCAGACGAAGACAGCGACAGCACACUGUCCCAGUCGAGAGAUGCGGCCGAUGAUGGAGAAAAUAUUUCAUUGCGAUUAGGUGGUACAGCCGAUGGAAGCGGACACACUGCAUCGGGAUCAGGAUCAGGAUUAGGGACAAGGAAUGCCGCUGAAGACGCUGAAGGAUAUAUUGCACUUGCGUCGAUACUUGGGUGUACUUCCACUAAACGAACUCGAACAGAGGAAAUUGAGACGCAGAUGCAGGCGAUUCUGCAGCAGAACGAGUCGCAAGCUAUGCAGGCUGAGCAACUGAUGCUCCAGAAGGCGAUACUGGAAGAACUGAGAGAGAUGCGGAAAGCGGACGAGCGCAGACAUACACAGCUCAUGCAUUUGAUAGCGACCUGUAUAAAAAUGGUGACCGAGAAGAUGUAAAAAAUAAAUACCCUG